UUGGCCCCUCCCCCAUUUUUUGGGACCCCCCAUGGACCCCCCGGAGCCCCAAAUUCCCCGGAAACGGCCCCAAAAAAACCCGCGGCACACCCAGGUCAGGAACCGGCGGUACAUGGCCAUGAGGGAGCUGAUCCGAGAGGGCGAUUACUUCAGCGAGGAGCGGAUGCGGCUCCGCGCCCCGGGGCUGUUCCAGCGCUACAUCGGCCGUUUCCGGGACGGAAUUCCCAAAAAUCCGCCGGGAAUUCCCAAAAUUUCCCCCGGAAUUCCCAAAAAUCCCCCCGGAAUUCCCAAAAAUCCCCCCGGAAUUCCCAAAUCCGGGCCGGAAAUGCCCCGAAAUGCCCCGAAAUUGCCCCAAAACGCGGGGCCCGCGCGGGAGCUGCGGGAGCUGCUGCUGAGCGCGCUGGAGGAGAGCGCGGCGGCCGAGGAGGAGGAGGAGGAGGAGGAUGAAGAUGAAGAUGAGGAUGAAGAUGAGGAUGAGGAGCGCGUUCCCGACGCGGCCGAGCGGGAAUUGCUGCGCCUGGAAUUCACCUCCCGCAUGUACCAGCGCUUCCUGCAGGGGCUGGACAGCGACUUCGACUACAGCGCGGUGGACGAGGACCCGGGCCGGGACCCGCUGGAGCUGCUGGCCCAGGACAUGGAGGAUCGAUACUUCGACGAGGAGGAGCCGGGCCCGGCCCCGCCGCUGCUCUAGGGGCGCGCCCCAAAUCCC